UAUUAUACAUUUUAAUAUACGUAUAGAAAACCCGUAUAAUACUUGACGUAUUAUACUUACCCAACCCUGAAUGUCUGAUUUAGGAGUGUGAUGGAGACGUAGUCAAUGUGUAAUGGUUCGAACUCGAUAAAUCCCUGAUUUAAGAAUACGAUGGAGACGUAGUCUAAGUUAGUAACUGACGAAUAGUCUGCUCUACGGUGGAGCCUAAAGGGUUUUUUCUCUUGUCAACCCCCUUCUAUCCACCCCAUCCUGUUAGCCCCGACAUAAAGGAGUAUCUUGCGGAGUCUGUCAGCUUGUAAGAGGAAAUAAAUUUCAUCAAGGUGGGCAAUGCCGUAUCAUCGUGGAGAUCACGCGGGCGCAGUUGCGGUGUCAUAUAGUAGCAGUCUAAUGACGCCGUUGCCGAACAGACGAUACUCCAGCACUAUCACCGGGACAACAUCUUCGGGUAUCGGCGGCACUACCGGGAAACUUACUAGCUACAGGUCAUCUGGAAGUUCAAUACUCAACCGGCCUAGUGGUUAUCAGUCCUCAACUACUAUUUCCAGCUAUCGCCCCACCUACUCCGAGUGCAGAAGAUCCUUUUGCUCGCCAGCCAGGUCAGUCUCAUCGUUGGAAUAUUCGGAAGCGGGUUCACUUGGUUGCGGGAGCAGCCUGCGCUUCCCAGCUUCGACUUCGACAUCGAUCUCGGUGCCAUCGCGAGAGCGCAGUGAAAGUCGCGAGAUCCUCGGGAGCCUAACUACGUCGGCGGCAGACAUAAUCGCGAGAUAUUCGCCCUCAGGCUACGUGCCCAACAUCCGCAACACAUCUUCGUAUGCAAGCGUUGUUCACGGAAGCUCAAGCUCCUCGGCGUCUAUUUUUGGUGGGAACUCAGCCGACGCGAGGCCUACUCGGGAGUGGGAGCUGACGAUCGCCGAGCGGACAUCGUCCUCUUCACCGAAUCCCUCGUCUUCGUCCUCGGGCGCCGUGGGACGUUCCUCAAAACUUAAUUGGACGUCUUCCGUAGGCACACUGCUCCCCGGACAUAUACAUCUCGACCACGCCGCCGCGACGCCGGCACUCUCUAACGAGCUCGGGGGAACCGACGUCGAUGACGGUAACGACGAUGACGAUGACGGGAACGACGAGGACAAGGACGGUUACGAGAACGAGGAUGACAAUGAUGACGAGGAUGGUGGCUUACCCGACGCGUCGGUCUCCCCGGUCGCCUCGGUCGGUUCGGUCGCGCUAUUUGCUGGCCAGUCGCGGUCCAGCCUGAAGGGGAACGAGGGCGGCGACGUAUCCCAGCCAACCGUUGUCAAGAGGGCGAUCCUUUUUGGCCUCGGAAGCGGACUCGCGGAGAAGGCUCAGGUCGCCUCCGGAAGGCCCCCCGGCAAUCAAAACGAUGACCCCUCCGCGCCGUCGACCUCCAAGCCGAGAAACGACCAUCUGAACCCCGGAGCUACCGGCCUUCCCGGAAUCGACGCGGCUGACGACGUGUCGUCGUCGUCGUCGUCCUCGAGCGCGCAACACCGGAAUGCUUACCGCAACAUUGCUGAGCAAAUUGAGGGAAGUCCACCCAGUAGACAACCGUAUAACCGAUUGCAGGUGCACCGUGACGAGAGAUGUGGUUUGAACGGGUUACGAAACAUUGGAAACACUUGUUUCAUGAAUAGUGUGAUCCAAUGUCUGAGCAAUACGAAACCACUACUGGAAUAUUUACUGAACGAUCAGUACCCGGCUGACAUAAAUAUGACGACAUCAAGCAUGAAAGGAGCGCUUAUAAAAGCGUUUAGUCAAGUGAUCCACGAGUUAUGGGAAAUCGGCGGUGAUCAUGUCGUUAAUACGACGGCUUUGAAGUCACAAAUCCAGAGAUUCGCCCCGAGAUUCAUGGGUUACAGUCAGCAGGAUGCUCAGGAAUUCCUUCGAUAUUUGUUGGAGGGGCUGCACGAGGAUGUUAAUAGGGUGACGAUUAAACCGCAGCCUAUUCACACCGAUAUUCCAGAUCAUUACACGGAUAGUCAGAAAGCAACAGAAAGUUGGAAGCGGUAUCUCCGUAGCGAGGACAGUACAAUUGUGGAUGUUUUUGUCGGACAGUUAAGGUCUUCUUUGCACUGCACUUCCUGCGGUCACGUAUCGGUUACCUUGGACCCUUUCUGGGACCUGAGUUUACCAAUCCCCAGCAGGAGUGGAACCGUCAAAUUGAACCAAUGCCUUGAACACUUCACCAAGGAAGAGGUACUCGAUGGUGACGAAAAACCGACGUGUUCAAAGUGCCAGAUGAGAAGGAAGUGUACCAAAAGUUUCAGCAUUCAAAAAUUUCCAAAGAUUUUGGUCAUUCACUUAAAACGGUUCUCACCAAUGGAACGAUUCCGUGGCAAACUGAACGUACUGGUGGAUUUUCCAUUAACGGGUCUGGACCUCAGUGCCUUUGCCGCCCCGCGAGUUCAGGGCUGCACGUACAAUUUGUAUGGAGUCGCCAACCAUUCAGGCACCACUUACUCUGGGCACUAUACCGCCUACUGCAAACAUCCGUACUCCGGCGAAUGGCACGAAUACAACGACAGCAGAGUAUCGAGCGUAUCGCCUCGAAUGGUAGUUUCCAGUGAAGCCUACGUUCUUUUCUACGAACAGCAGCCUCACAGCUCUCACUUGUAGCACCUGCCCACGAACUAAGAGCCUAGAUUGCAAGACCACCUUACCUCUCCGUACAAAUAAUGCGUACACUCGUCAAUGUCGAAAUAUCGUUAUUGGCAGCGGAUUAAAUGAUCCAACAAUUUAUUGCCUAUCAAAACUUGUUUAGAAGUUGUCUAAAUAGUCUAGUCCAUGGAUUUCAACACCUGUAAAAGAACCGUGUAUUGUGUGUAUCAGUAAUCAUUACUGGAUCACAUUAUUGUAGUGAGGUUUACAAUACGGUCUUAUGUACAAAGCACGCGCGGUGUAAAAGACCCUCGUCUCCGUGGUACACACGAUAUUUUAUCUAACAAAAAGCAUCGGUUACGCGUCUUUUUGCGCAUGAACAAACGACGAAUAUGGCCACUUUUUCACCUUAGGACGUUUCGAUGCUCUUUUCUAUAUCCCUCCCCGAAGGAUGGGGAGCCCUCUCUUGAUUGUUUACAUUCAGCGUACUGAUCUAAAUAUUAACUCGAGAGCUGAUAUCCUACAAAAUGGCGUGCCGUUUUGAAGCCACCUAGUUAUGGGCACAUUAACUAAUAUUGUACUAUUUGCGCAUGCGUCAAUACUUUUGCAUAUGCACAUACGUUACUUCUUUAGUAUCACUGCCUAUCCGUAAUUGGCGGCAGUGUGCCUCGAAUUCGUUGAAAUCUUCUCCAUAUAGACCAAAUAGGUAUCAGCUAUUCAGUUAGUCUACAGAUUAGUGGAUUGACGGUUAAAAACUUUUGUACAUGCGCACACGUUGCAUCUUUAAUAUCGUUGCCCAUACGUGGUUGGCGCUGGUGUACUUCAAAUUCGAUGAGGUCUUUUCUGUAUAGAAUAAAUAGAUCUUGGCUAUCCAGUUCAUAUAUAGAUCAGUGAUUCAGCAUCACAGAAAAGCCAACUUCAGAUAACGAAGACAGUCGCGAAAAGACGUGGAAGCUGUGCUUAUAUUACAUAAAAAAUCGUGUUUAACACGAAGGAAAGGUAUUUUAUUUGCCUUCAGCUCGUGCGCUCGCGAGCCUUCGACUCGUAUUGCAAGGUUACGCUGGACGUAAGAAGACCCACUUUGCUUCCUUGGUACACAAUAUACUAUUAUGUAACGCAAGCAUGGUUUACACAUAGGUUGCUCGUCUUCGGCGCAUGCGUCUGCGAAUCUACGAUUCGUAUUGCAAGAUUAAGGUGAAAUGAAACCCCCCUCAAAUCAGUCGAUUCGAAUAAGACACUUUUUUUUAAGGGUAUUGGAUAGAACUGUCCGAAACUUUGACUAAUGACUCGUGAGCACCUAU